AUGCCGAAAGUGCUGCUUUUAAUUGUAAACAUUGAUGUUCAUAGGUCCCCUCCGGCUCAAUCUGACCCCUUGCUGCUUUUUGUCGUACGGAACCGGCCCGGAACAGCCCAUCUAACAGAAAACGAGCGAUGCACAACGGACACGAGUUUGAACAAAACGGACAUCCAACCAAUGGAACUGCUCAUCGUAAGCAUUUUCACUCGUAGAUCAAAAGUUUCAUUGACAAGUCUGCCUUGUACCGUAUUAUUUGAUGGCUGUGAACACCUGAAAGAUGGUGAAACUUCAGCUUCUUCGGCAGUGGCCGAUGUUGUUCAGAUGGAUUAUUCAACGGAUUUCCCCAAGUUACCUGAAGUUGCUCCAGCUGCAGCAAAACCAUUAGGAGCUUGGUCUCGCCCGGCUGUAGGAACGAAACAAAUCGUCCACUCUUUCAUCUUGGCUGCUGACGAACGUGCCAACAAAGUGAAGAGUUUCCCGGGAAAUACCAGCGAGGAACACAAGAAGUGUCAGGCGGUCGCUGCUGCAACGGGUACGCGAAUUGAGCUGAGCGAAUCAAAAGAUGGUGCCUUGACUGUGGUCAUCAAAGGUCUUCGCUCAAAAGUUGAGGACGCUCGCGCACGCCUUGUUCGCGAUCUGCAGACUCAAGCCAGUCGUGAUUUGGACAUCCCAAAAGAUCAUCAUAGGAAGUUAAUAGGCAAGGAGGGUGCUGCUUUACGCCAGCUAGAAGCUGAUACAAACUGCCGUAUCACAAUACCCAGCAGAGACACACCCUCGGAGACGAUAAAAAUCGUUGGACCUCGCGAAGGUAUUGAAAAGGCUGUGGCGUACAUAAAGUCUGUAUCUGAAAGAGAGUCGAAGCUGGCUACCGAGCAUAUCGUAUGCCCUCGUAUCUUCUAUCCCUUCAUCCGUGGACCUUUCAAUGAAACUUACGACAAGCUCACUCUCGAAACUGGUGCCAAAAUUAAUAUACCGCCAAGCCAAGCUAACAAUGAGGUAAUCGUUAUAACAGGAGAAAAAGAAGGUGUACAUAAAGCAACAGCUGUAAUUCGUGGAAUUAUCUCCGACAAGCAAGCGACAACGAAAUCUGUGACGUGCACUGUUGCAAGAGCUCAACACCGAUACAUAAUCGGUCAGCAGCGUAGCGGUCUCCAUACCAUUCUCAGAGAAACUGGAGUUUCUGUGGAGGUUCCCAACGAGGAUGAGAAUUCCGACACAAUCACUCUGCGGGGCGACCCAAGCAAACUUGGUGAAGCUCUUGCUCUUGUCUAUCAGCGAGCAAGUUCUGUCAUCACUCAGCAGAUUCCGGCUCCUACGUGGCUUCACAAACACAUUAUUGGUCCAAAAGGAUCAACACUGCAGAGUCUCAUUCCAAACCGUGGCAAGGUGCAGAUUGAUUUCGAAGAUGCUGGUACUAUAUUUUUGGAAGGUGCACCAGAAGAAGUAAAGGCAGCUCUCUCUGUUCUGUCAGCAGAAGUUGCCCGUCUUCAAACGGAAAUGUCUAUCGAGAAAGUGAAAGUGCAUCCAAGCCUUCACAGACAUGUGAUCGGAAGAGGAGGGACGCUAAUCUCUAAGAUCAAGGAUGAAACUGGUGUGCAGAUUUCGAUCCCAAAUGAACAAACGAAUUCGGACGAAAUAAUCGUCGAAGGGAAGAAAGAAGGUGUGAAGAAAGCGGUUGAGGAGAUCUGUGCAAUUGUUUCAAAGAUUGAGAACGAAAAGUCCCGAGACAUCAUCAUUGAACAGCGUUUGCAUAAGUUGAUCAUUGGCGCAAAAGGUGAAAAUAUCGGAAAGAUUCGCGAUGCCCAUCCCAAUGUUGUUUUAUCGUUCCCUGAUGUCAACAAGAAGUCAGACGUCAUCAAUAUUCGUGGUGACAAAAGCGAAGUUGAUAAGGUGUACAAGCAGCUUCAAUCUUUAGCAAAAGAACUAGCUGAGAGCAAUUAUCAACAGAUCGUUCCCAUAUUCAAAGAGUUCCACAAGCACAUAAUAGGAAAAGGAGGCGCAACCAUCAAAAAAAUUCGGGAAGAGACACAGACACGUAUCGACUUACCAGAAGGCGAUUCCGGUGAGGAGCGUAUCACUGUUACUGGAAGAAAAGUCAAUGUUGAGAAGGCCAUAGAUCAGCUGAACAAAAUCCAGAACGAACUUGCAAGUAUUAUUACUGUCGAAGUUGACAUCCCAGUGAAGGUGCAGGCUCGUCUGCUUGGAAAUGGACGCCGGCUUAUUUCUGAUAUUGAAGAAGAGUGUGGAGGAGUACAUAUCAGGUUCCCUGCAGAAAAAAGUGACAGCACUAAGGUUACGAUCCGUGGACCAAAAGGUGAUGUAGAGAAAGCUCAAAAGUUACUCACAGACCUCGCUAAAGAUAAAGAAGUCAAUCUGCACGAAGACGUUGUAAUCGCUAAGCCUGAAUUCCACCGGUUCCUUAUCGGAAAGGGAGGUUCAAAAAUCAACAAAAUGCGAGAGAGUUAUGAUGUGAGAGUAAUGUUUCCGAGGGAAACCGAUACUGACAAGGAAACAAUUCACCUUCUUGGUAAGAAAGAAGAUGUUGUUAAGGUGAAAAAGGAGCUGCAAGAAAAUAUCAGGCAACUCAAUGAAACUGUGGAAAGCACUAUCGAUGUUGACACUAAGCACCACCGACACUUUGUGAUGCGAAGUGCUGCUGUUCUUCGUGAAAUUCAGGAGCAAAAUGGCGGUGUAGUAAUAUCUUUUCCCAAGAUGGGUUCUGAUUCCACUACGGUCCACAUCAAAGGUUCCAAGCAAUGUGUCGAAUCUGCUAAGGCUCGCAUAGAGGAGAUUGUUGAAGACAUUGAGAAACAAGUGACGAUUCAAGUAGAGAUUCCAUCGCAGUUCCAUCGUGCCCUUCUUGUCAACAGAGGUCAAAAGAUUCAAGACCUUCAGUCGAAGCAUGGAGUACUCAUCCGUUUCCCUGAGCGUAGAUUUGAAAGCGCAGAAGAUGCCGAUUCUCACGCUGCUGAUAUGGUGACCAUCUCUGGUCGAGAUACCAAAUGUGAUGCUGCUAAACAGGAGCUUCUUUUGAUGGUUCCAGUGUCGAAAAUCAUUAAUGUUCCAAUCGAUAUGCAUCGUAGCCUCAUUGGUCGCGGUGGCGAAACGGUUCGUAAGCUAAUGCAAGAUUGUGAUGUGAAUAUCUCGAUCCCAAAAAAUAACGAAAGUGAUGAAAUCACUGUCACUGGGCAGUCAGAAAACGUUGAAGAUGCAUUAAAAAAGAUCCGCGAAAAGAUCGCAGAGUUCGAGGCAUUAGCUGAAGAUAGGAAACUUCGUUCCUUCCAACUGGUCAUCGAUGUUCCAGCCGAAUAUCACACACGUGUCAUUGGUCCUAAAGGUGCUACGGUCAAUGCACUUAGAGCAAAACAUGAUGUUCAGAUCAGCCUGCCUCGUGGGGAGGAAAGAUCCGAUCAGAUCACCAUUCAGGGAUAUGAGGCAGCAGCGCGUGCUUGUGCUGCAGAAAUCGAUGAUAUGAUUGAGGAGAUUCGUUCUAUGUUCACUCAGGAAGUAUCUAUUGAUGCAGGGUUCCACCCUCGCAUGAUUGGUACGCGUGGUAAAAACCUCAAGAAACUCAUGGAAGAUUAUGGUGUGGAGAUUCGAUUCCCUCGUGAUGCAGCUGACCCUAAUCUCGUGAUUAUUGCUGGAAAAAGUGAAGAUGCUGUGUACGAUUGCAUUGAUCAUCUACGAGCUGAAGAGGAGGAGUAUUUGGUCGACCAUGUUGAUAGAAAUCAGUAUAUUUCCACUCGCGUGCAAGAGCCACCAAAAGUUAACAAGCCAGUACAGAUCAGCAACGCUCCGUGGCAGCUGGACAUUGGAAGUUCGGAACAUUUCCCAGAUAUGGGCGCUGCAGCACCGUCGCAUGUCGUAGGUGGUGCUUGGGGAAGUGCACGUCGCUGGUAA